AUUUGCCGAAGGGAGGGCGGGGGAAGGCCUUGUAGCCAUCCCGGAAGGGAGAGUAACAGUGGUCGAGUCUUUGAUGCUGUUCAGCCCAACUAAAAAGCUUAAACUUCAGGAGAACACAGAAUCCAGCAAAUAUCUAUUUGAGGAUCAACCAUCCAUCAAUUCUUGAAUGAGCCAAAGAAGCCUUUGGAGAAAGCGCCUGACAGUCAGAAUAAAACUGCAGAUAAUGUAAAGCAGGAUGUCGACCACAAAAACCAAGACCAUAACAACAUUCGCCCAUGGCUCAUCCCAGUUGUUAUUGCUGUUGCCAUCAUAAUUUUGUUUAUGUUGCUCGGUGUUGGUUGGUUAGUGUACAAAAAGCUGAAGAAGGGGUUUCCAAGCCAGACCAAUAAUGAUAUUGAGAUGAACAAUAUGGGAACAGACAGCACUAAGGACCAUACUGAUGACCUGCCUCCUGAUGCUGAGACUCUGGGUCAACCUCAGAUUAAUGGACAGGUGCUCUCUGACAGCGACCAAGGAGAAGAAGGCGUACUAGGAGUGGAGGACGGAAAGCCGUCAGACAAUGACAGAGCAGACACUGAAUCCUGUCAGAAGACACAUGCUGAUUCCCCUCCACUGAAUGUACCCAAGGUUGUCAGGGUUAACGGCCAGACUGAUGACGCACAGCUUCUGGGUCAACCUCAGAGCAAUGGAUGCGUGCCAUAUAGAAGGGAAUCACACCUGACCGAUGGGGCUCCAGGUCAGGGUGCUGGUGAGACUUCACCCCUCCUCUGCAGAAGCCCAGUAGAGGAAGGUGUGCUAGAAGGGGAGGACAGGAAGCCCACAGACAGUGGGGGAACAUACCCUGAAUCCUGUCAGAAGACACACGCUGAACCCCCUGACAUCAGGGUUAACAACAAGACCAAGGAACUGACUCCUGAUGCACAGAGUCCAGGACCUCCUCAGAUGAAUGGACGACCUCCCAUGUCUAACAGAGUUGCAAAGGAGACCACUGGUCUAUUGGACAAACAGGCCUUGGACAAGGACCAAGUCAGCAAACCUGAGUUAAUAGACAAAGGACCUAAUGACAUGGAGUCAAGAAGAGGAGAACUGUAACAAGCGGUGGACGUUUGUAUAACAAAAGAGAACCUAAUAAGAUAUGAUAAGAUACAGUAAUAUAUGAUAUACAGUGCAUAUUAUAAGAUACACAUAUGUGACUAGCUUCAUCAUAAUCAGUCAUAUCAACCCCAAGACACAUUCUGAGCAGUGUGUUUUAAUGAACAGUGAUUUUCAGAAACCUCAACAGUUUAUUAAGUUAAUUUUCUAUGCGACAGCUGUAAUCUGGAUAGGUUAGGAAACAUGUUCUAGUGAAAUCAGUUGAAAUUCAAAAACAGCCCAAGACUUUUAGAUAACUAAAAUGACAAAAUUACUAUUAUCUAAAUUAUUAUUAUCUACAUUUUGUAUUACUAUUGAAAAUGACUGCGACUUAUGACUGAUUAUGAUACAGCAUGUCACAUAUUAGCUAUACAACAUUAUAAUGAUAUGAAAGUAUGGUAAGAUCAUACUUACACUAGUAUUGUAUACUAUACAUACAAGCUAAUAUAUAUCACAUUCACAUGAGAAGAUGGAUAAAACGUAAACCUCUUUACUAUAGACAUUUCCAAGGUCAUGAGGUCUCAAUGUCUUGUGGACAUGUCAAAUACAGCUAAACAUUGACCCAGCGUUAUUUACACAGUAUAUACAAAAGUAUGUGGACACCGCUUCAAAUUAGUGGAUUUGGCUAUUUCA